AGGUAGUGCAUGGCUGUUUCCCCGAAGAAUACACGAACGAUAUCGAGAUCCUGUGAGUGAACGGAAACUUGGAACAUCGUUCAACGAAAGGCGAACCCUUGAUUGUGCAGAAAUUUCCGACGCGGCCUGUGAUUUGCGACAAGUGUCGCAAGGGUUUCAAACAUGGAGAACCGUUGAUACCUCGAACGUAUGAUCCGUUCGAGAAGAAUUUUGAACACAGCAGCAUUUACCAAACGCGCUGGUCAAUAUGUUACACAGUUCUUUACCGCGAGCGUUUUUGGCUCCAGGAUUAAAUUACAUGGGUUACUAUGGCGAUGAGAUCCAUCAGCAUCCGUACAAUACACCUCCUACAUGGCAUAUUCCCAUGGAGAAUUUUUCGACGUAUUCGAGGGUUUCUGAGCAUCACCGUCUCCAAUCUUGGGACAUGUCUAGAUCAUCGACUCCGUGUCCUCUGGACCUGUCGCUGAAGCCACCACCUACACCGAACACGCCGAAAAUCGAUGAUUCGGUUGAAUCCGAGUCUAAGAAGGAUCAGGAGAUUUCGGACGAGUUGCAGAGAGAACCGGAGAACGGCGUUAGAUAUAAAGAGAGUAACGAUGAAACAGGUUCAUUGGUAGUCGAUGAUUUCGACACCAUUCCCCGAUGUUCAUCGGUAAACAGUCAUUCCAGUUACGAAUUGAUGUCGAAGAAGGAACCCGUGCAACUACAGGAAUCGGGAGAGAAGCUUUGUACCCUCGAUGAAGCUGCGCGACUGGUACCAUUCAGCACGAUCAACGAAGUCGUUUCGAAAUCGUAUUAUGCGCACAGUCAGAAGCUUAAUGUACUCACCAGUCCUAAUCAUCUGCAGCAAUCUGUUCAGAAUUAUCAUCAACAGCAACUUUUGACGCCGCAGCAACACUUGCAUGGCAUGCAACAUGCACCGAUGACACCUCCGAGCACACCAUCGCCACCGCAAUGUCCUAGAAGAAAAAUAAGGGAGGAGGAUGGCAGUCCAGCGUCGGUGGGAAGCAAUUCUACUGUGAGUAACGGUUCCAGGACCAGCGGUUCCGUGGACAAGUUUUUGCAAAGACCAAAGAAGAAACACGCUCGAAGAUUGAAAUUUGACGAAGACACCAGCAGCCCAGUGUCUGGUACCGUGAUUCUGGGACCCGACGAAGCUGUGGUUACCGGAGACAUCGAUCCGGCCUUCAAUAUCGUUGAAGUCACCGAAGAGGCGCGAGCGGAACUGGCGAAAAUCGAGAAUCGUUUGGGUCCGUAUCAGUGCAAACUCUGCAGGCAACUUCACGAGGACGCUUUCCAAUUGGCCCAACACAGGUGCUCGAGGAUAGCCCACGUCGAGUACAGAUGCCCGGAAUGCGAUAAGAGGUUCUCGUGUCCGGCCAAUCUGGCGUCCCAUCGACGUUGGCACAAACCGAGACUAGCUAACGGGGAGCAUUCGUCGUCGGCGACCGGCGUCGAAAUUCCUUGCACCAGGUGCGAUGCCAAGUUCACCAGGCAAGCCGCUUUAAGGAAGCAUUUGGCCACUCAGCAUCCGGAGAGCAACAACAACAACAAUAACAACGGCAACAGCAAUAACAACAACAACAGCAUUUCAUUGGAUAAUCAAGGAUCCACGGGUAAGAUUGACAUCAUUCAGAUGGUUUCCAACAGCUCCUUGAACGCUGAAAUACCCUGA